CCCCACAGAUUCACCUUCCCUCAAUAGUAAUAUUUACUCUGACUGUCUUGCAUUUAUCAUAUCAAUGCUAUGAAGUGCUUUGUUUGCUCUGAGCCCUUUUCCACUUUUAACCAAGAUUAAAACACACAAUCUUAAUAAACAUAUCAAUUAUGUAUAAUUCUAAUAUAAUAACACAGGAUAUGGAAUUUCUCUGGAUGUUUUGGCAAAUAAAAUGGUAACUGGAUGUAUUUUCUAAUAAAACAUAGCAGUUGGGAGGGGAAUGGUGGGAAACUCUUGGGGAAAAUGUGUAUAAAACUGAAUUAGUCCUGCAAGAACCUCAAUUCGACUAAAACUGAUGGAAAUGGUAGACUUGCAGACGCAACACCAUUUGCAUUUUGAUGCUUAAGAGAGUCUUACUUUUAUUCAAACAACAUCACAUUCAAAUUCAGGUUGUUUGUCUCAAACCACCUUUAAAGUUUUGUUUUUCUCUCAUGAUGGCAAUGUAUUUCAGUUUAUCUGUAUAAUGAUUGCAAACUGAUGGCAUUUACUUUUGGUGUCCUACACCUUGGUCUGAGUAGUGUAUGAUGUUCCAAAAAGGGCAGGGCUUUUAGGGAAAAAAAUCACUGUAUAUUCUUGGGAGACUAAGACGAGUUCUAACAAAAUUAAAACAACAGGGGAAGGCAGUUUAAAUUGAAGGUAGUGAUGAAUUUGAACAUUUUAAGUUUGAUAAGUGUGCUGUUUGAGCACCCAGUUUGUGGUUUAAAUGCAGUCACAGAUGUAUUCCAAUUGGUAGUUAUUGAGGUAUAAAAUCAGCUGUAUGUUUUUUCAUCCUCAGAGUAACAAACAUUUUCACUGGGGUAGUGAUCCCCAAGGCUGCUUCAAAGAGGGCUGGCUCACUACAGUUUAGGAAUUCUGCUUCAUUAAAUACUUCAUUCAACAAGAUAAAAUUGUUUAAGAUACUACAUAUCUAAGUAUUAAUCAGUGAGUUUCUUAUUGAAUUCUACAGUCAAUCACAGCCAUAAAAGGUUAAAAAUAACUUUAGCUAAGUGACUGGAGGCACUUUGGUGAACAAAACAGCAGAGUCAAGGUAUCUCUUACAUCCAUAUCUAGAUUGAUUUCAAUUGGCUCAGCAUGAGGUUUUGCAUUUGUGGUCCAUAGCUUGGGUGGAGACUGAGGAAGGCUUCCUGAAUGGAAAUAGGUAUCAGGUGAAACAUCCGAAUGCCUUAUAAAAGGCCAGCCUCUGGAGACACACGUUUUAUAAAACAAAGACUCUCUGCAAGGAUAUGCAAGUGUUUGACUGAAUAAAACAACGAAACAAAAAAACCCAACAACUGAAUAGCUGAUAAAACAGAGGUUUUAAGAAGAUAUCUUCAGGUGUCUGUUUGUCUCCAAGAGGAAAUCGUCUCUCAUCUAACAUGAAGUACCUUGUCCUGGGGCUGUUUUCAUUGUCUCUGCUGGGAUUUGUCUGGUCUACAGAGAAACCACUUAAUACCACAGUGAUGGCAUACAAUAACACCUCCAAUUCAACCUGGCCAUCCAAGUUGAACACCACGAACAACAACAACAUCAACAACCCCACGGGAACCAAUCCCAUCAAUACGGGAACCAAUCCCACAAUGAUGACGGGCACAGGUGGCAUGAAUACAAUGACCACCAAGAAUGGACAGAACCACAUCUUCACAUCUUUCAGGCUGCUGUUUGGAUCAUUUGUUCUUCAAGCAGUUUGGCAAUGAGCGCCCUCUUGAGGCUCAGAGCUGGAGUGAGUCUUAAACAACAACAUUGUUUGAUCAAAUUGCAAAUUUGAGCAUAUUUUAGAAUAUUAUUUUAGAUAGUUGUCACAAAAUUGUGGUUUAGGGGAUUAUGAAAUGAUUAGUGACAGAGCCAGUUUAUUAAUGUACUAACAUACCUUUUACAGAUUGAGUGAGUCAGAUUCUGCAUUCAUGUGAAUCAUAAUGGAUUUAAGCAUGUUUUUGAGCAUUUUAAGAGAUUAGCAAUGUCUGAUAUGCAACUGAGGUUGGCAUAGCCUAAACCCUUUGUACAUAGCAUAGGCCUAUUUAUUGUCCUGGCCUAGUAGUUGUGUUGACCUUUGAAGCAAGAGUUUAAGAAAAAUAUUACUAAUGAUUGUAUACUACGUAUAAUAUAUUAUAUUAAAUAUGAAAUAUUUGUAUUUACAAUGUAUAUCUAACAAAAAUAAAAAGAGCAUAAUUUCAUUAAAUAUAUGAUAAUGUCAAACUGUUUUUUCUUUUUUACAGUACCCUUUUUUUAAAACCAUAGUGAUUAAAAACAAAGCUUCAAAAUAUGACAUGCUUGAUCUAUGAUAUUUAACAGGUUUAUAUUGACAGACAGUAGUCGAUCAAGAGGUUUAUUUAAGAGGGAGGCUCCCCACAAGCUUUUGUUGCCCGUUAUGAAAAAGACUGGACAUUAAUACUCCAUCAGCACCCAAAUAUUGGACUGCAGCCAAUCUGUAACAACAACUCUUCUCAUAUUUCCCUUAAAACUGCACAUUUAUUUGAUCUUUUUCUUGUAAUAACUUAAAUAUUGUAGACCUAACCAUAUCAUCCAUCAUAGUGGGUUUAAAAAACAUUACCACACAACAUAUGGUAGUACACUACAUGUAAGAAACAAGCAUAAAUUCUGCUUACAUGAGUCAGCAGCUGGAGUGACAAAGAUGGUAUCACUAAGUCACAAAAGGGUCAUUCAUGGUUGUAUGCUUCUAUGGAGGCUUCAGGCUUACGUAGCGUAUGUUAUCAUUCGAUUUGCAAAUGCAUAAAAAUGAAGGGAAUGACAUUAAUAAAAGAGUAAAGUAAUAAAAAACAAACUAAAAAAAUGAGCAAACUGUAUCUUGUCUAAAUCAAUUCCAAAACAUGGUGAUAUAUGGUUUUAGUUUGUUUUUUUAAAUUGACACCUCAAUGUCAUUUUAAAGGCAUUAUUAUGUAUGAGUUUGACUUUUGCAGUUGUUGUGAAAGGUUGUGAGGUGAUUUCAGUGUGUGAAAAUACAAAAAAAUGUAUAUAAUAUCUAGACAAACCAAAAAGUUGUAAAAUGCUGAUUAAAGUAUCUCAGUAAGUUUGGAAAGUAGACUCAUGGUCUUAAUUACUUUUUUUUAUAAAAGAAUAAAAUCUGACUGAAUGACCUUUGUCCUGCGAUGCAAGCUGCCACACAUCACAAAAUUAUAUCGUCAUCUAUUUGUUUCCAGUUUGUCAAUCAUCCACCAGGAGGAACCAAGCAGGGGGAAUAGUUUUCCCUGUAUGAUUAAUCUCAUAAAAAGGAUUAUAAAUACGUAAGUAUAGGGAAGUGCAUUCCGUGUAUAAGCCAGAUGUCAACAUAACAGAGAGGAAGUCCAUCAUGGUUAUUCAUUGCUAAAAAAAAAAAAAAGUAAAAUAUAUUCCAGAUAAUGUAUCUUAAAGUUGCCUAUUCACAGUAAGUGUGAAUUUGAGGUUGGGUUAAAGGAAGAUGAGCAGUCAAAGAAUAUGAGCAUCAUAGCAAUCCCUGGGGAUGAUAUGAUAUAAUUAUAAUUUAUAUUUCCUCAUAACUGACCAGUCCAAAUGCUAAUUUUCAUUAUUAAAAUUUAACUUAUUCUUUUUUCAUAACAGGAACAACGUUUCAGCAUGAAUGGUGAAUGGUGCAACAAACUUCCUGGAACCAUUGCCAGGUUAUUAUACUGCAUGUCAUAAAUGUAUCACCUGCCCCUCCCGAAAUGUGAUAUUUUUGUAUAAAAGCAAGAACAAAAGUUUCCUCUCAGUUUCCCAGAAAUAAUUAGAAGAACACCAGGUCGGGGUGGGAGAACUUUCACAGCACUACAACACACACAAGCCGACCUUCUGCGCAAAAGAAAAUUUUCAGUGACAUUUCUGGUGCAUCUCUACCUCCUUCGCUCUCCACCAUGAAGAUAUUGGCUCUGGGAUUUUGCAUACUGUUGGCAUUAGAAAAGGUUCAAGAAAACGCUGCAAUGACUACAACCACCUCGGCAAGCAACACUACAACUGUUGCCAAAAACACCACUACAACCUUCGCCAAAACUGUUUCUACCACCACCUCUAUGCCAACGACUACAACCACCUCAGCAACCAUCACUACAACCGCCGCCCCAAACACCACUACAACUGUCGUCCCAAGCACCCCUACGACCGUCGCCCCAACUGUUUCUAACACCACCUCUACGCCAACGACUACAACCACCUCAGCAACCACCACUACAACCGCCACCCCAAAGACCACUACAACCCUCAUCCCAAGCACCCCUACGACCGUCACCCCUACUGUUUCUACCACCACCUCUAUGCCAAUGACUACAACCACCUCGGCUACCACCACUACAACUGUUGCCCCAACUGUUUCUACCACCACCUCUAUGCCAAUGACUACAACCACCUCGGCUACCACCACUACAACUGUAGCCCCAACUGUUUCUACCACCACCUCUAUGCCAAUGACUACAACCACCUCGGCUACCACCACUACAACUGUUGCCCCAACUGUUUCUACCACCACCUCUACGCCAACGACUACAACCACCUCUGCAACCACCACUACAACUGUCGCCCCUCCUGUUUCUACCACCACCUCUAUGCUAAUGACUACAACGACCUCUGCAUUCAUGUCUACAACUGUUGCCCCAGACUCUACUAUAAACAUGUCUACAGCGAUUUCUGCGAUAGCUAUGACCACCCCUACCACCGGGAAUACAACCACCACAGCAAUGACAAAGACGUCAACUACACAAACCACCACCACACACAAUGGAGGCUCAAAAGUCAAAACUUCUCUACUGUUUUGUGUUGUGCCAUUGUUGCUUUACAUGCUGUGCCCCUGAACAGGAACUUGCAAAACCCACCUACUGGACUAAAAGAUUUAAUUUCCUCUCUGUGUCAACAUUUCUCAGUGUUGUCUGUGCUUGUUAUGCU